AUGUUCAUCUGGUCAGUCUUUCCCUUGACCCAAGUCAAUCAUGUAGCCGGUGAGGGCGAUUUGUCGAGCUAUCUUCGAUAUUUCCAAGCUGCAGUUAAUACUAGUGAACUGGAACAUUCGUUCAAUCUUGAAGGAAAAGAGAACCCUUUUCACCAGCGAAGCAGUCAACAUAACGGAGUGCCCGGAGUUUACAGCAUGGACUGCAAGGACUGUAAACAAAAUUUCAUUGGAGAGAUGAGAAUUGCAAUCAGCACAAUCAGCACUAAAUCAGCGACUAUGCUGAAAAAUGGAUACGGAAAGAUCGGAGAUAGUGAGACCGGCCACACGAGUGACUGGAGUCCAACACAAAGAAUGGCCUCAAACACCACAACGAUUGGACAGAAAAUUGGUCAAAGGACACCUCUUACUGACGAUACUCACUACGAUGCCGGCGAUACAUUUGGGGAAGUCCUAAGUCAAUGGUCCGAUGCUGGUAAUUUCGAAUGCUAUGACAGAAUACACAUGACUGGGUACGCUCCGCAAAAUCUCCCUGACGCUGCGGCCACGCGAGGUCGAAUCAACACUAUAAAGCUAGAGCAGACUGCGGUCACAGCAUCAUAUCAACGAAAAUUAUUUAUAAUUAUUUAG